GCGCUUUGAUUGACAUGCAGGCAGGCCUUAGACUCUGAGUGACGGAUGGGGACUUGCCUGUGCAUUGAGUGACAGGAGAGGGUGUGGCCAAUCCCCAAGUGACUGGAAGGGGGCGUGGCCUCCACCCUGACUGACAGGUUGGACAGCGCUAUAUGACAUAGGAGGGGCGUGUCCUGUCAUUGACUGACAGGUGCGCUGGGCGUGGCCUCCUCUGACUGACAGCCGCGGCACGCGCCCUGCCCGCUUCCCGCGGUGCGCGGUGACGUCGUGCGUAACGUGGCCACGCCCCUCCCGCCCCGCCGCCGCUCCCGGUCCCGUCCCCGCCGCUCCCGCCGCUCCCACCGGGACCCGGCGGCGCUUCCCGGCGAUGUGACGCUUUCCCGGGAACACCAGCGAUCAUGGCUGAGCCUUCUGUUGAGUCUUCAAGCCCAGGAGGUUCAGCAGCCUCUGAUGACCAUGAGUUUGACCCCUCUGCUGACAUGCUGGUGCACGACUUCGACGACGAGCGCACGCUAGAGGAGGAGGAGAUGAUGGAGGGAGAAACCAACUUCAGAUCUGAGAUAGAGGAUCUCAACAGGGAGAGCGACAUGCCCAUCCAGGAGCUGCUGAGCCGCUACGGCUACGAUGGCACCGUGCCCCUGCAGGAGGAGGAGGAGGAGGAGGAGGAAGAAGAGGAAGAGGAGGAGGGAGAGGAUGAUGAUGAUGUCGAUAACGAUGACAACAGCGGCUGCAGUGGGGAAAACAAGGAGGAGACCAUCAAAGAUUCCUCAGGGCAGGAAGAUGAGACCCAAUCCUCCAACGAUGACCCGGCGCCCUCGGUGGCUUCCCAGGACCCCCAGGAGAUGAUUCGCCCUCGGCGCUAUAGUGAAAUAGAGGAGGAAUCUGAAGAAGAUGAAGAUUAUAUUCCCUCAGAAGACUGGAAAAAGGAAAUCAUGGUGGGCUCUAUGUUUCAAGCUGAAAUUCCAGCUGGCACCUGCAAAUACAAAGAGAAUGAAAAAGUGUAUGAAAAUGAUGACCAGCUGCUCUGGAAUCCUGAUUUUUUACCAGAGGAUAAAGUGAUAGAAUUCCUCAACGAAGCCUCGAGGCGCACGGGGGAGGAGAAAGGCCUGGAUGCAAUUCCUGAGGGCUCUCACAUCAAAGACAAUGAGCAGGCCCUCUAUGAGCUGGUGAAGUGCAAUUUUGACACUGAGGAAUCCUUACGGAGGCUGAGGUUUAAUGUCAAAGCAGCCAGAGAAGAAUUAUCUGUGUGGACAGAAGAGGAGUGCAGGAACUUUGAACAAGGGCUGAAAGUCUAUGGCAAGGACUUCCAUGUGAUUCAGGCAAAUAAGGUGCGCACGCGCUCCGUGGGGGAGUGUGUGGCUUUCUACUACAUGUGGAAGAAGUCGGAGCGCUACGAUUUCUUCGCUCAGCAGACCCGCUUCGGGAAGAAGAAAUACAACCUGCACCCCGGGGUCACGGAUUACAUGGACCGGCUCCUGGACGAGAGCGAGAGCGCCGCCUCCAGCAGGGCCCCGUCGCCGCCGCCCGCCGCCUCCAACAGCAGCACCAGCCACUCCGAGAGGGACGAGUGCACCUCCAGCAGCAACCAGAACGGUGUCUCUGCCAACGGCCCAGGGGAGGUGCCAGGCAGGGAGGAGGCCAAGCCCGAGGGGCUGCACGUCAACGGGCCCUGCAGCGGGAAGAAAACGCCGCACACGGAGCUGGACACCAACGGCUACGAGCCCGAAAACCUCCCCAGCGAGCCCAAACUGCCCCAGUCAGCCCCCAGGAACGAGCCCGAGCUGGAAGAGAAGAGUGAGAGGCCUCUGAAAAGGAGAAGAAUUAACAGCAACGGCAAGGAGAGUCCGGGUGCUUCAGAGUUCUUCCAGGAAAGCAACUCCCACGGGAAGCUGGAGGAACUGGAAACUUUGGAUGACUGAGUGCUGGGAGCUGAGUUUAUUCCUUGGAGUAAAUUCUGGGUGUCUAAAAUUUUCAGGGUUGAUGGGUUACCUUCCAAAAUCCAGUUCCAUAAACAAUCUGAGAUUAUUUUCGUUUCCUGAGACCUUCUAGUCGGCUCUAAAGAUCCGAUAUUUGGGGUUUUUCAGUGCUGAAAAGCAGCAGCAGAAUACUGAAUUUCUCAGAGUUGGUAGUUGCAGUUCUGGGAUAAAAGGCUCUUAAAUAUUUAAGGAACAAAGCAGUGAGUUGCUGCAAAAAUAUUCCCAGCCUAACACAUUAAAGAAUGUGUUAAUACAGCAUUUAAUGUAUAAAACAGCAUUUAAUCAGUGUACAAGUGAACAAAGCACUUGGGGCUUUGCAGGAAGUUAAAAUAAAACAGGAAAAGCCAAGACAGAGCAGGCACAGAGACUUCCACUCCUGCUGGAGAGAGGAAAAUGUCAUCCCAUCAUUAAGGAACCCUCAUGAAUCCUGAAAGUUAUGAGCACAACUAUUUUUAUAUAUAGAAGUUUUAAAAGGUAAAUAAAUAAACCAGGUCAGGUUUGUGUAUGUAAAAUUGUUGACAUCAAUGAUGUCUUUCCAUAUUCUUUAUCUGGGCUAAAGAAAUACAUUCUGUAUUUUUCCAGAUUCCUUUGUAGCCUUUGAAAGAUUUUUACAGUACUUAUGUCUUGAUUGAACUGUCCUUUCUUAAAACAAAAGCUUGUAUAAUUUUCUUACCUUGUACAGUUGGUAAACUUUUAUGAGAGAGUUGAUACCCUGAGUCUAAUGUCAGCUUCCUUUUAUUUUGCUGAAGUCUUUUCUAAAAAAAAAACCCAACAAAAAAAAAACCCAAACCAAACCAAACCAAACCAAUGGACUUAAAAGUUAAUCACCAACUUGUUAAUUUUCUUCCCAGAAACUAGUAAAUAAUUAACAUAAGAAUGGUUAGGAGGCAUUUGAUUUUGGCAAUGUGUGGUUUUUUUCUUGUUUUUUUGGUAAAUAAUGUUUCGAUUUUUGUUAAGCAUGCUGCUUGCAUUGCACACAUUUCCUUGCUUUCUUCCUCCCUUUAUUUGGAACUCCGAGAAGCUUCACAGCAGGCACAUUCUGGAGUUUACUGAGCCCUCUUCAAGUUUCCACUUCCUGAGCACCACAGGGGGCAGAGCCUGCACCUGGGCAUCUCAAAGGUCUUUUCCAACCUAGAAAAUCCUGGGAUUCUGCUCUGGUGCACAGGGAAUGCUCACCUGGAGAAGGGAGAGCAGCAGCUUCAGAUGGAGCUGUGCAGAACUCAUUUCAGUGUGAAAACCUAAAAUUCCUCAUCGACAAAUACAAAGUUUUAAACUGCAAGUCUUAAAUUGAAGUUUUAAACUGCGAAGUUGUGGAUGUAGAAUUUACACCCAGCAAUCAGGAACCUUUGAAAUGCACAAUCAUGUUGGUUUUGUUUGGUUGUGUUUCUCAGCCCAGCUCUGCUCUGUUCAGGUUGGGGGUGAUUGUUAUUUGUGUCACUGACAGCCCUGUGUGCUCCUCCUCACAGGGCUGCUCUUCACCUGGAAUUGGUUCUUUUCUCUUCAGGGUUUUGCUCUUUGUGGUUCCAGUUGAACUGAAUGGUUUGAAAUGGAUGUUUCAGCCCAGACCCGCUGCUGAGGGCUUGGGCUGAUUUGGUUUCUUCUCCACUGAACUUUCCUUGGACUUUGUGAUCAGGAAUGAACCAACCCUCGGGAUGAGGAUGGGGAUGGAUGCAGGAACUGCUGCUCCCAGAACCGUGGGGAAGGAUCAGCUCUGCCAUUCCUGUUCCUGGAGAGCCUCUGGGUGAGGUUCGUUAAUUAAGGCCUGUGUUAAUUAAGGAAUGCAGUGAUUAAUGCCUGAGGCAGAGGGUGCUGUUAACUCUCCCCUCUGGUUAUGAGCACCACCUCAGAGUUUCCUCUUAGCUCAAGGACGGUUCCACACAAGCAGAAUCCUAUUUUCAGUUUUGUUUUGAUGCUCUCUGUUUGCGGUUCCAAGUUGGAAAUACUUCCCAAAAAUCCAUAGGAAAGUUUCCAGUGAAUUGUCUCAGGCUCGUGUGUGAAAUCCAGCACUGUGUAUAUUUUCAGGAAUGUUGCUUUGUUUUUUAUCUUUCCUUUGUUUUCUUUUUUUUUCCUCUUUUGGUGAUACUUAGACGAGACCUGACAUUCCAUAAUCCACUAUGUAAUGCUCAGCUAGGCUUUAAGAAUAUUUAAUUCUAAUUUACCUUUUGUUUAUGCUGGUGUUUUAUACAAUACCUUGUUCAUGUUUCAGACUGCAGCCACUAUAACUCGAUAAGUCAUUGCACUACUAAAGCUAUUGAAAAUCCUGGAAUUCUGCUAACUUUGCUUUCAUUCUCCAAGCCCUCAGUGCAUUGGGAAUCCAGUCCAACAGGAAAUCCUUGGGCUUCCCAAAGGGUUCCAUGUGCUAGAGAAUCCCACAAACACACAAACCCUACAGAUGAGUUUGAUACUGUUUUUCCCCACAGUAUUUUGCACUGUCAGUAAUUCCCUCCUCUUACUCCCCUUCCCUGUCUGCAAUUCUGGAAAAGCUUAUUAAAAUAUUUUUAAACUUA